UUUGACUUGAAAUUAUUUUCACUCAAAAAAACUAUACCAAAGACAAAAUGCUGAAAAUAGUAGCCUUACUGUUAGUGUCGACUUAUGUCUCGGCCAUACCUUUCGGUUUUUCGUGUGGGACGAGCGGCGGCGCUAGCGGUGGAGCCAACGGUAAUGUCAACGUUGACGCCAGCGUU